AUGUCGAAUCCCUGGCGGGAGACAAAGGGGUAUUCCUUCCAUUCGAUCUGUCUUCAUGUAAAAGACAUCGAGGAAAGCUCCAUGUUUUACCAGCAUGUGUUUGGCAUGAACCUCAUUCGCGAAGCCAACGUGGGCCAAAUUGAAAAAGUAUGGCUCCAGUUCCCCGCCGAUAAGAAAGACGAUUUGUUUGGCAGUGCAAGCGCUGUGAUGGAGCUGGUACAACAACGCGGCACAGAGCGCGACAAAAACUUCCACAUCGAGACGGAUAAGGGGGGUUUUCAUCAUUUGUGCAUUUCUGUCCCUGAUAUUCAUGAAGCACGUCAUCGAUUCACACGUCUUGGUGUGCCCAUGAUGGAUGUAGGCAUCUCGCAAAACGACUUGAUUAUUGUACGCGAUCCUGAUAAUUAUCCUAUUCAAAUUCUGAGCCAGAACUUUGACCUGUACGCGGCUCUACAGGCGGCCUGCAGAGAAGUGGUUCUGGAUUCCAACCAAGCGGCGAUGACGACCAUCGGCCAAUCUCAAGAUCCAGACCUCCUCGCCGAGGCGGGCUUGCCCGUACCUGCUCACUCCCCUCAAUAA